GAAGAGGCGGGCUCUUCAAUAUGGCAAGGCGUUUGUCUCCUAGCGCCCAGGCCCUGAGUCCGGUACCCGUCUGUACUAUUCCAUCUCUUCCGCUCCACUAGCUCCUCGGUGACUCUACCAUAGCCCUUGUUAUCGUGUGACCUGCAGGUACUGGGAGAUCCAUAGGGAGGAAGGCGCAACAUCCGGAGGCUGGGAAAUGGCACACGCGGCUUCCCAGAAUGUCUUUGGAACCUUUGCAGGGUGAUGUGUCCUCAGCCACUCUCCUGUAUUUUCCUGAUACCAGGUCUUGCUAUCUUUAAGCCAGACUUGAUGACCUGUCUGGAGCAAAGAAAAGAGCCCUGGAAUGUGAAGAGACAGAAGACAGUAGCCAAACACCCAGCUGGCUCUUUGCAUUUUACUGCAGAGAUAUUGCCGGAGCACGACAUAAAGGAUUCAUUUCAAAAAGUGAUUCUGAGAAAAUCUGGAAGCUGUGACCUUAAUACUUUACAUUUAAAGAAAGACUACCGACAUGUGGGUAAUUGCAAGGGGCAGAAAAGCAGUUGUAAUGGCAUUCAUCAAUGUUUGUCAACUAACCGUAGCAAAACUUGUCAAUGUAAUAAAUGUGACAAAGCUUUUGGGUUGUGCUCAAUCUUUACUGAACAUAAGACAAUUUUUAGCAGAGAGAAAUGCUACAAAUGUGAAGAAUGUGGCAAAGACUGUAGGUUGUCAGAUUUUUCCAUAGAGAAGAGAAUUCAUACUGCAGAUAGAUGCUACAAAUGUGAAGAAUGUGGCAAAGCCUGUAAAAAGUUCUCAAACCUUACUGAACAUAAUAGAAUUCAUACUGGAAAGAAACCCUACAAAUGUGAAGAAUGUGGCAAAACGUUUACCUGUUCCUCAGCCCUUAUUAAACACAAGAUAAAUCAUACUGGAGACAGACCCUACAAAUGCGAAGAAUGUCACAAAGCCUUUAGGUGUUGCUCAGACCUUACUAAACAUAAGAGAAUUCAUACUGGAGAGAAACCCUACAAAUGUAAAGAAUGUCACAAAGCCUUUAGGUGUUGCUCAGACCUUACUAAACAUAAGAGAAUUCAUACUGGAGAGAAACCCUACAAAUGUAAAGAAUGUCACAAAGCCUUUAGGUGUUGCUCAGGCCUUACUAAACAUAAGAGAAUUCAUACUGGAGAGAAACCCUACAAAUGUAAUGAAUGUGGAAAAGCUUUUAUGUGGAUCUCAGCCCUUAGUCAACAUAACAGAAUUCAUACUGGGAAGAAACCCUACAUUUGUGAAGAAUGUGGCAAAGCCUUUACCUACUCCUCAACCCUUAUUAGCCACAAGAUAAUUCAUAUGGAAGUGAGACCUUACAAAUGUGAAGAAUGUGGCAAAACCUUUAAGUGGUUCUCAGACCUGACUAAUCAUAAGAGAAUUCACACUGGAGAAAAACCCUACAAAUGUGAAGAAUGUGGCAAAACCUUUACCUGCUCCUCAAACCUUAUUAAACACAAGAGAAUUCAUAUGGAAGUGAGACCUUACAAAUGUGAAGAAUGUGGCAAAACCUUUAAGUGGUUCCCAGACCUGACUAAUCAUAAGAGAAUUCACACUGGAGAGAAGCCCUACAAAUGUGAAGAAUGUGGCAAAACCUUUACCUGCUCCUCAAGCCUUGUUAAACAUAAGAGAAGUCAUACUGGAGACAGACCUACAAGUGUGAAGAAUGUGGCAAAGCCUUUAAGUGCGUCUCAGAACUUACUAAUCAUAAGAGAAUUCACACUGGAGAGAAACCCUACAAAUGUGAAGAAUGUAACAAAGCCUUUAGGUGGUUCUCAGACCUUACUAAACAUAAGGUAAUUCAUACUGGAGAUAAACCCUACAAAUGUAAUGAAUGUGGAAAAGCUUUUACAUGGAUCUCGGCCCUUAGUAAACACAAGAGAAUUCAUACUGGGGAGAAACCCUACGUUUGUGAAGAAUGUGGCAAAGCCUUUACCCACUCCUCAACCCUUAUUAGCCACAAGAGAAUUCAUAUGGAAGAGAGACCUUACAAAUGUGAAGAAUGCGGCAAAACCUUUAAGUGCUUCUCAGACCUGACUAAUCAUAAGAGAAUUCACCCUGGAGAGAAUCCCUACAAAUGUGAAGAAUGUAACAAAGGCUAUAGGUGGUUCUCAGACCUUGCUAAACAUAAGAUAAUUCAUACUGGAGAGAAACCCUACAAAUGUAAUCAAUGUGGAAAAGGUUUUAUGUGGAUCUCGGCCCUUAGAAAACAUAAGAGAAUUCAUACUGGAGAGACACCCUACAUCUGUGAAGAAUGUGGCAAGACCUUUACCUACUCCUCAAUCCUUAUUAACCACAAGAGAAUUCAUAUGGAAGAGGGACCUUACAAAUGUGAAGAAUGUGGCAAAACCUUCAUGUGGCUCUCAGACUUUACUAAUCAUAAGAGAAUUCACCCUGGAGAGAAACCCUACAAAUGUGAAGAAUGUGGCAAAGUAUUGAGCUCAUUCUCACACCUCAUUAGACAUAAGAGAAUUCAUACUAGAGAGAAGCUCCGCAAGUGUUAAAAAUGUGGAAAAGCCUUUAACAAGUCGUCAUAUUGUGUUCAACACCAGAGACUUACUACUGAACAAAUGUAGUAUAAAGGUAAUGACUGUUGAAGAACGUUUAAUAACAUCUUAGAGGGUCUCUAAGAACUUGCUUUAUAAUCUGGGUGCUUUUGUGUUGGGUGCAUAUAUAGCCCUUUACUAUUAUGUAAUGCCAUUUUUUGGCUUUUUUAAAAAAUCUGUUGAUUUAAAGUCUGUUUUGUCAGAAACUAGGAUUGCAAUCCUUGCUUUUUUACUGUUUUCUAUUUGCUUGGUAGACUUUUCCCUUUAUUUUGAGCUUAUUUGAAAUGGGUAUCUCAAUUACAGCAUACCAUUAGAUCUUGGUUCUUUAUUUGCCACUCUGUUUUUUAAUUUGGGCAUUUAACCCAUUUACAUUUAAGGUUUGUAUUCAUAUGUGUGGAUUUGAUUCUGUCAUGAUCUUAGCUGGCUAUUUUGCACAUUUGUUUAUGUGGUGGCUUUAUCGUGUCAGUGGUUUGUGUACUUUAGUGUGUUUUUGUAGUGACUGGUUAUAGUCUUUUUCUUAUUUAGGGCUUUCUUCAGAAGAUCUUUUAAGGCAGGUCUUGUGGUAACAGAUUUCCUCAGCAUUUGCUUAUCUGAUUAGGAUCAUAUUUAUUUUUUGCUUCUGAAGCUUACUUUGGCCGGAUAUGAACUUCUGGAUUAAAAUUCUUUUUUUAAGAAAGUUGAAUAUUGGCCCUGAAUCUCUUUUGACUUGUAGGAUCUCAGCUGCAAGGUUCAUUGUUGUCUGAGCUUCUUUUUAGAGGUGACCUGGCCUUUCUGUCUAGCUGCCUUUAACAUAUUUUUUUCUCUCAUUUUGACCUUGGAGAAUCUCAUGAUUAUGUGUCUUGGGGAUGACCUUCUCGUGGGGUAUAUUAUUGGGGUUCUCCACAUUUCUUGCCUUUGAAUGUUGGCCUCUCUAGGUUGGGGAAAUUCUCGUGGAUGUUAUCCCGAAAUAUGUAUUUCAAGUUGUUUUCAUUCUCCCCAUCACUUUCAAGCACUCUCUUUAAUUACGGAUUUGGUUUAUUUACAUAAUCCGAUAUUUCUUGGAGGUUUUGUUCAUUCCUCUUUAUACUUUUUUCACUGUUCUUGUGUGUCUUAUUUCAGAAAGCCAGUCUUGAAGCUCUGAGAUUCUUUCCUCUGCUUGGCCUAUUCUUCUAUUAACCCUUGUGAUUACAUUAUAAAGGUUUUGUAUUGUGUUUUUCAGUUCUAUCAUGUUGGCCAUAUUUUUCUCUAGACUGGCUGUUUUUUCCGUCAGUUCCUGCAAUUAUUUUUUCUUCCUUGCAUUGGGUUGCAACUUACUUUUGUAGCUCGAUGAAGUUUGUUUCUACCCAUAUUCUGAAUUCUGCUUCUGUCAUCUUAGCCCUUGCUGGUAAUGUAAUUUGGUCAUUUGGAUGAAAGAAGUCACUCUGGCUUUUUGUGUUUUCAUCAUUUUUGCACUGAUUUUGUCUCAUCUUUGUGGGCAUAUCUUUAAAGUUGCUGAACUUUGAAUGCGGUUUUGGUUUUUUUGAUCCUAUUUGAUGAUCUUGAGUAUUUGAUUGUGGUAAAAGGUGGAUUCAGCCAACAGGCUUUGUUCCUGGGAGUUUUUUUUUUUUUUUUUGUGGUGGUGGUGGAGGGGGCAAUGCUCAGCUCACAACUCAGAGGCUGCAUACUCUAAAUGCUCAGCUCACAACUUAGAGUCUGCAUACUCUAACUCUGGGAGAGUUGUAUUGAGCCCCAACUGUGUUCUCUGGCUCCUUGUGAUUUGGAGUCUGCCACUCUGUGGGACUAAGGUGCCACAGCUGCUGCAGAAUGCUAGUGGAUAUGGGCUUCCUGCCUGUCUUUGGGUAUUCACUUCAGUGGCAGGAGCAAAGCAGCUGGGAGGGGAGUGGGGGUUACCUGCUGGAGACUGUGUGCUGUUGCACUAAAGGUGGUGUUGGCUUGGGGCAGGAUACUGGCCAGUAAAGGUUUUGAUGCCUUCUCUGUGCCCCUCAAGAAGGAAUGAUUGUUCAGAGUGUGGGAGGAUACCCUGUUCUCCGCACAGUUUUACCACAAAGGCCAGGAUGGGGCUUUCUAGCUCUCUACCCACCAAAGCUUCAACUACAAUGGCAAUUGCUGGGAGUGGCAGGGGUAUACUGCAUUUCCAUUUGCUGGUGGGGCAAGCAAAGCCAAACUCACCUUUGCAGACAUGUACCAGCAAAGUAAUAUGGGGAGUUGCCAUGGUCUUGGGGGAAGCUGGAGUAUAGGGAAGAAACAUGGGGGCUGGUGCAGUCAUAGGGGCUGCCUUGCUGGAGCUCUUCAUGGGUCAGGCAUGGCCCACCAGUGCAGAUGCUAUGGUAUGGGCUCCUAGGGUACCUGAGACUGCCCUGUAAGCAGCUGUGGCCAGACUGGGUCCCUGGGAGAGGCCAGCAGACCAAGGAGUACUCAGUUGGAUCAGCUUCUUCUGAUUUGCAAGACCAUCCUGCAGAAAUUAGGUCCAACAGUUCCCCUAGGGCUAAAGUCUCUUAUGGGAGAAAGUUGAGCCUAUGGAAAUGGCCGUCGAUGGCCACACUGUACUACAGAUGCUCUUGCACUAAACCUUCUGGGUACCACAUGAGCUGGGUUGCUGCCCCACCUCUUUGCCUGUCUUCUGGGGGCUGCAUCUCAAGAGACAUGUAGGCCAGCAAUCACUCAGUGCAGUCCGACCAGGAUGGAGGAUCUGUGCUUUUGGCCAAAUUAGGGGUUCACUGUCUGGUAAUGAGCAGUGGGUAGUUUGUGGGACCCAUAGAGGAUGGACUGGCCCUCUCUCCUUGGGUAAACUACAGCUUGUUUGAGGUGUGAAUAAGGCACUUAGGGUGUUGGAUUUUUCAUUAGUCUGAGGGUAGCAAGGACAGUUCUACUGCAGAGGUAAUGGCAGAAAUAUUUUCAGUUGCUCUUGGAGGCUCUGUCUAGGGAGUUGCAAAGUUGCUACUGGCUCAAUAGCUCCGGCAAUGAUUGGCUAGUGGCCCAGGCCUGGAGAACUUGCCCAGUGAGAAUAUAUGAGAACAGGCACUCACGUAACAGUUUGGCCACUUUUCUGAAGGGCUGCUGCAGUAUGCUGGGUGUCCACUGCAGUUUCUAGUCACCUCAGAUUUUCCAGUACCUGAUGAGAUUAUCACCAGUGAAUACUGUAAAACAGCAACAAUGGCAGCAUGCCCUUUUCUCUAAGAGCUCUAUCCAAGGGAGGUAUAGACCUGUUUCCAGCCCCAAAGCAACUGUAGGAGGUAGCUGGAAACCCCUGUUGAAAGGUCUUACCCAGUGAGGAGAACAUGAUUGGGGACCCACUUAAGAAAGCAGUGUAGGCUGGGCGCAGUGGCUCACGCCUGUAACCCUAGCACUUUGGGAGGCUGAGGCAGGUGGAUUGCCUGAGCUUAGGAGUUCAAGACCAGCCUGGGCAGCAUGGUGAAAUCCCACCUUUACUAAAAUACAAGAAAAGAAAAUUAGCCAGGUUUGGCGGUGUGCACCUGUAGUCUCAGCUAAUCGGGAGGCUGAGGCAGGAGAAUUGCUUGAACCCAGGAGGCAGAUGUUGCAGUGAGCCGAGAUUGUGCCACCGCACUCCAGCCUGGCGACAGAGUGAGACUCCGUCUCAAAAAAAAAAAAAAGAAAGAAUGCAGUCUAGCCACAUUUUUGUAAGACAGCUCUGCUGUGCAGAAGUACCACUUCCACCCCCAGUUUAUUUGGACUCUUCAAAGCCAGAAGGCUGGAACAGCUAAGUCACACAAACAGCAAAAAUGGCAGCUCACUCUUCCCUCUAGGAGCUGUAUCCCAAAGAGGAUUCAAAACUCCAUUGAUCAAAGAGCACUGGUGGUGGUAGCUGGAGACCCUGGUUGGGAACUACUUUGCAGUGAGGAGGAAUGAGAUUGGGGACCUGCUUUAACAGACAGUCUGGCCAUGUCUUUUUAGAGCACCUGUACUGUGCUAGGAGAUCCUUUCUGCCCCCGGUCAGCUUGGGCUCUUCAACACAUGAAGGCUGGAAUGGCUAAGUUGCCCAAGAAGCAAAGAUGGCGGCCCACUCCUCUUUCUGGGAGCUCCAUCCCAGGGAGGUGCAGUGCUGCUACCAAUGGUUGGCUGGAAUUCUAAGCCAGUAGUUCUUACCCUGUGGGGCACUGUGGAAGUGGAUCCUACAGACCAUCACUGCUCAGUCCCCUGGAUUUCGCCUCUUUCCUAUGGGUAUGUACAGGGGUAUAACCUCCUGUUUGCUGAGUUGCAGCUACUUUUUCUGGGAAGCCUGGAAAUCCAGAGUAUCUGAGGCUGUUGAAUCUCUGUGCAAGCCUCAGUGGCUGCUCUGCUGAGACUCCACGUAGCUCUGUGUGUUAAAUUGAAGGCCUUGGUGAAGUGGGUUCAUGAGAGUGUCUCCUCACCUGAAGGUUGCAGAAAUCUGUGGGAGAAUCAUGGGUUCCUAGGGUCACACAUGCACUCACUGCUUUACUGGGUUGGGAGGUUCCCUUGGCUCCAUGUUGUUCCCCGGUGGCCCAUUGUCCUGCUGUGCUUUACUCCAUUCUCCGUAAGUUAAGUUGUUUCUUUCAUUAGUUCCAAUGCAAGUACCUGGAUGUUUGAGUUGAAGGUGCUGUAUCUACACACACCUUGCAUUCCUCUCUAUGAAGCUACACAGUCUAGCUCCUUCUACUUUUUUAUUUUAAAAUAAUUUAAUAUAUUUUCAAAAGCAAGUAUUCAUAUAAUUUAACUCUUACAUUUGAUGCUAUGUCUUCAUUCUAGAAUUUAUGUGAAAGAACAUGGUCAAUGGUUGCUGCACCAGAGUUAGGAGAAGUUCUUCUGUAUCAGAUAAAAAGAUUUAUAUACUUUCCCAUGGAAGAUUAAGAGAACUGAAAUCUAAGAUACAUGAAGAAAUUCUAAGUGGAAAGGCCACUUAGUGGUUGAUUUACAACAGCAUUAUAAGUGACAGGGUGAUAGAAGUGUGGUAAGUGAUUAGGAUAAUAUUCUGCAUAGUAAGAGAAACAAUAUGAAUUUUAGAAGGAAAUUGCUUUACCAUUUGCAAACUAAGGUAAUUAAAAUACAGUGAAUUUCAAAAUGCCUUUUUAAUGACAAUGUAUGAACUUAAUUUAUUUUAAUAAACCAAAAUUAUUGUUAUUGGGUUAAGGCUAUUUUACAUUGAAUGUGUAUCUUGCCACUGAUGUUAACUUAUCCCGUCUUACCCAAGGUUGUAGGUCAACAGAUGGUAACAAUAUACUAUUUUGUGACUGUGGAAUAACAUCUCUAGUGAUUUCUUUGUCGGUGGUCUUUAACUUAACAUAAUUUGGAGAAUAUGAUUCCUACAAAUUAACAUUUUUGUUUUUCUUGUAACUACAGGUUAUUAUGAUGUUUGUAAUGAAGAUUAUAUGAGUAUAAUGGAGCUAUAUGUUUCUGAAUUCUGAACAACUAUUUACAAAAUUUUAUCCUACUUUUUUCUGUUGAAAAUAUGACUUCUCUGGUCUGCUAAACACGUACAGACCUUUAGUUUUGAUUUACAUCAAUUUAAAUAUACAAAUGUAUCACUGUAAAAUAAACUUUAGGUGUAACAGAUUUAUAGAGGAAGUAUUCAUAUUUGUUUAUGGUUGUAUACCUAUUUUGAGAAGAAAAGAAAAAUACUAGAAUGAAACAGAUAAUUUUACAUGUGUUACCAGCAAACCAGUAAUUUCAAAGAUUUUGAAAGCAAAUCUGUUUUCUCUGCUUUGUAUUAAAUUCAUUUAUGUAAAAUGUUAUUGUUCCUGGCUUAGAAUCAUCUUUUGCAAAUUCUUUUUUUGUUUGUCUGUUUUCUUGUUGUUCACCAUAGGCAUAAUAUAUCAUUUUCUCUUCAUCUAAUUUCAUAAAACAUUAUUUGUAUUAUUGUCUCAGAGAUUAUGAAAGUGACUGAUAAAAUGUGUUCAUAAAAUAAUUUUCACAUGU